AAAAGGUCAGAGACGCAAACAGCAGGUCCGCAGUGAGUUCAAACAGGGGUCCUCACAGGAGCACACACACACACACCCUGAGGUCGUUAUGGUGGAGGUGUGUCCGCAUUAAAUUCUAACAUCAGCCUCUCACUUCACUUACAGCAGAACCAGCCCCAUACCCCCAAAUAGACUCGAGUUUCUGAGAGAACAGGAAGCCGCUGAUGUUGAUAAGAGUCUACCAAAGAGCUGUGCAGCUAGAGAAAGACGUUCAGAGGAAGUAUGAAACUGCUGGCUGGGGCCCUGUUCUUUGCGAUGGGACUGUCGUCUGUCCUCGGCACCUUACCACCUUCUCACUCUGCAGACCAAUGUCCCAACACAUCUCUCAUCCUUCGGACCUUCCGGCUCACGGUGACCUGUAACAUCACGACUCUGAAGGAGAAGCAGCUAAAGGACAUCCAGGCUCCAGUAACAAACCUCUACCUGCCUAUCUUGUACUUGCUGGCCUUCAGUGUCGGUCUCCCCUCCAACAUCAUGGUUCUGUGGGUUCUGGUGUUCAGAACCAACCGCCUCCCGUCCAUGUUUUUUCUCAUCAACCUGACCAUUGCAGACUGCCUUCUUCUUCUGGUUUUGCCAUUUCGGAUCGUUUACCAUUUCCGAGGUAACCACUGGGAGCUGGGGGAGCCCUUCUGUCGCGUGGUGAUGGCAGUGUUUUACGGCAACAUGUACGGCUCUGCUUGGUUCUUGGCACUUGUGGCCAUAGACAGAUAUGUGGCUCUGGUUCAUCCAUUUAAGGCACUGACUCUGCGCACACAGCGGAUGUCAGUGUACAUGACGGUGGCAGUGUGGACGGUGGUUCUGGCUGCCAUGCUGCCGCUUCUAAUGUCACGACAAACCUACGUGUUGGACAAGCUGCAGAUCACGACGUGCCACGACGCUCUCCCUGAGGAGGAACAUGAGAAUUACUUCCUGCCAUACUUCAGCACCCUCUUUGCCUGCUGCUUCCUUCUGCCUUUUGCCAUCAUCCUCUUCUGCCACAGUGCAGUCCUGCGCACCCUGCUGGCUGAAGGGAAGCGCUACGCCCACGCCAUCAGAGUGACUGUUUUAGUGUUGCUCGUUUUCAUCGUGUGUCUUUUGCCCAGUAAUGUCCUGCUCCUGCUAACUUACGCCGACAUCUGGGUGGAUGGGGACGGCGAGGACUUCUACAUUCCCUACAUGAUUAGCUUAGCUGUUAGCACUUUCAACAGCUCCCUUGACCCCUUCAUUUUCUACUUUGUGUCCACGGAGUUCAGGCAGAAGCUCAAACGUUCUCUGUGCUGCUCCGGUGACCAUCAAGGCCAGCCCUCCUCUAAGGGGAACAACAUUUCCUCAUCAACGAGUCAAAGGACUAAUGUCACUCUUGUGUCCAUGACCAGGCGACAAACUGUUACUUAGAUGGUCUGUAUCCUCAUAUGGGACAACAGCCUCUAACCCAAGAGUCUGUGAAGAUGUUAAAAAGCUCCAUUAAUCUGAGAGCAUCUUACAUUUCCACUGCUACCCAGGUCAAACACACCCCAAGAGUGUAGGACGGCCUUCAGGGCCAGGGAUGGGGACCACUGCUUCAGAUGAACCACGUUUGGUAAUGCUGUACUGCAGGACUGCUCAAUUCUGGUCCUCAAGAUCUACCCGCCUUAUGUUUUCCAGAUCACCAAGACCUGCUAGCUGCUGAUCAGCUCAGUCAGACGUCUCCUCAUUCUGAUGACCUGGUCCAGGUAAUCAACAGCAAGCAGUGCAGGGAGAGCUGGAAAACGAGCAGGGUGGU